AUGAGUCUUUUCGUCGAAAAUCAUUCGCUCCGCUGGUAUUACACCCUUUCGCUCGACGAUUCGCCACUCGAUCAGCUCUACAAUAUGCCCGACGAGCUCAUAAAUCCACUCUGUUUUUGUGAGUUUUUUUGCCAUUUCUUGACAGUCCCUAAAAAAGAUGGUACUUUGUUACACGUCGCGUAUUUUUAGCUUUGGAAGAUCGAGCCCAAAACGCUCUUUGUGUUCAGGAUCCGGUCAGAGAUUUAGAGCCGAUGCUGGUGUUCGGUAACUUUGGAUAUGAUCUCGUAAGUUGGUCACCUUCAAAUCGAUAUUGUAGCGUUCUACGACGUCCUGUGGUUCUAAAAAAUUUUCUACAUAUGCUUGACGUCUAGUAGAGCAUUUUUGCAGUUUACACUUUUUCUCUACGCCCACUCGUUGGAUUACUGUAGCUCCUCAAAGUUAGCGUUCCUUCCUAGGGGCCUCCUCAAACUUCAAAGAGCUACAGUAAUCCAACGCGUGGGCGUAGAGAAAAAGUGUCAAGUGCAAAAAUGCUCUACUAGACGUCAUUACUUCGAAAAAACAAUUUCUAGAGCUCCAGGACGUCGUAGAACUCUACAAUAUCUGUUCAAACUUCAACAAUUAUGUUUUCAGGCCAACAAGAUGUUGAGUGGCACUUUCAACUUCCUCGAAGUCCGGAAUUGGUGUGGGGAAACGUUCGCCAACUACAAGAAUCAGAAGAUGAAUCGUCUAGUCGAGCUGGAGAGAGAUGUAAGCCUGAAAAUUGACUUUAAAAAACGGAUUUUUUCAGAUCGCCUCGUUCAACGUCCACUACGAGACUCUGAAAGAGUUCAUGAAGCAGAAGUUUUCCAUUUGGUACGCCCACGUCGUCCAAUCCGAUUUUGAACGGAUUUUGAAGGUGGAAGAGCCGUUGGAUGCUCGUGGAGCCAACGAGAGCGUCGGAGAGCUGUCGAUCAGAUUCGAUCACGAGGAGCAGUACAUGUUUUGUAAGCAGGUACGGUUUUUCUUGAUAUAACUUGAUAAGUAGUGGGUUUAGAGUUGAGUGUUUCACUAAAAAGUUGUAGAGAUUGGAAUUUGCAACAUUUUUUUAGUUGACCACUUUUUGAAAUAUGCAAUAGUUAUCGAGAUACAAGCGUUAGAAAUUGCAAAUAAUUGUGACAACUUCAAAACACUGUAACUUUGGAACUAUUGUAUGUUUCAAAAAGUGGUCAACUGAAAAAAUGUUGCAAAUUUUCUGUUCUUUAUCUUUGAAGUUGAUAACUUUACCUGAAAACGCCUAAUUCUUAAGUUACACUUGGUUUUCCAAACUCUAUCCCCCUACAACUAUUGUAUGAUUCCAGAGGAGGGACACGUCGAUCAAUUAUCGCUAUUCCGACUUUCAUCGCGCUUGGGUCAACGUGUGCAACGUCAAAAUAGUCGAAAAGGAGCUUGUUCUGAUCUGCCACCGCCUCCAGUUGCUCGAAAGGGAGAGAAAACAAGUAGGCCGAAAAAUUCACUCGUUUUCAUCGAAUUUUUACGGAAACUUGGUAAUUUUCAGGUGAAGCACAUCUACAAAUCAUGCCUGGUCCUUCUGAUCGACCAAAUGUACAAUGGAUCCGACGAGAUCGACGCCGCCCGCCGUUAUUUUGAAAUCGAAUACUAUCGAUCCUAG